CCGAUAUCCCCGCUCUCCGCGCAGCCUCGCCGGCUAAGCAUGGGUAGAUGUAGCUCUAUAUAAUACCACCACGGAUCGCAUCUACUGCUUCACCUGCACACAUCGAUCCAACGUCCGCCACGGCGUAUCGGUUGCUUCUCCGAUUGUAUCUCUUCUGAAGCUCCACCGGCCAGCUACAUCGCUGGUCUGAUCACGUCUCUCAUCUCAUCUGGCCAUGGCUGGACCGGGCGACAAGCCGUCUGGCUCCACCGUCGGCCAGGAAGUCCCGCCGCCUCGACCCGCCGCCGCCGGCUCCGGUAUCGCCAAGAGGCUUCCCCGCCUUGCAUUUAUGAUCUUGCUGGCGGUGCUGUUUCGUCAGCUUCAGGCGCCGCCUCCCAAAAUCUGCGGAACGCCCGGCGGCCCUCCGGUGACCGGGACAAGGAUCAGGCUCAAGGACGGGAGACACUUGGCCUACCAUGAGUCCGGUGUCCCCAAGGAAGAGGCCAAGCAUAGGAUCAUCUUCGUCCAUGGAUUCGACUCCUGCAGAUACGAUGCGCUGCAAGUAUCACCCGAGCUUGCGCAAGAGCUCGGGGUCUACAUCUUGUCCUUCGAUCGGCCUGGGUACGGCGAGAGCGACCCGCACCCUGAGAGAACCGAGAAGAGCACCGCCCUGGACAUCGAAGAGCUAGCAGACGCCCUUGAGCUUGGCCCCAGGUUCUACCUCGUCGGAUUCUCCAUGGGCGGCGAGAUCAUGUGGAGCUGCCUCAAGCACAUCCCUCACAGGCUCUCCGGGGUGUCGAUCCUCGGCCCCGUGGGCAACUACUGGUGGUCAGGGUACCCGUCGAACGUGUCGUGGGCGGCGUGGUACCAGCAGAUCCCGCAGGACCAGUGGGCGGUCCGCGUCGCGCACCACGCCCCCUGGCUCACCUACUGGUGGAACACCCAGAAGUUCUUCCCGGCAUCCAGCGUCAUCGCCUUCAAUCCCGCCAUCCUCUCCCGGGAAGACAUGGCCAUCGUCCCCAAGCUCGCCUACCGAAGCUACGCGGGCCAGGCGAGGCAACAGGGAGAGCACGAGAGCCUGCACCGGGACAUGAUCGUCGGGUUCGGCAAGUGGGCGUGGAGCCCGCUGGAGCUAGAAGACCCGUUCCCGGCCGGCGACGCGGAGGUGCACCUGUGGCACGGCGCCGAGGACCUCAUCGUGCCCGUCGGCCUCUCCCGCUACAUCGCCAAGACGCUGCCGUGGGUCCGCUACCACGAGCUGCCAACGGCCGGGCACCUCUUCCCCAUCGCCGACGGCAUGGGCGAUGUCAUCGUCAGGACGAUGGUGCUAGGAGCCUAGGACACAACUGAACUGCUGAAUCCACUGCUGUUAGCUACACUGACAUUGACGAUAAUAAUGAUCGAAUACCACUCUUCUGCUCA